UUGGUUAAUUUCGAAUUUUUGUCAAGAAUUCCAUCUCGGAUUUAUGGAUUAACGCUAAUCGGCGUCGAAUGUCUGGUGCUAAAAUGACCAAGAAAAAAAAUUGUACUUCCAGUGGAUCUGUUUGGUUCGCUCGAUCCGAGUGAGAUCUGGGUACGAGGAUGCCAGAUGUUUGUUGACGUCACGGCACGAGGCUUUUCACUUUCAAAACAUCAUGGCGACAGCUGUGAUAUUGAUGAACCCGGGAAAGUAUUCGCCGAUUUUUUCCCGUGAACGUCAUAAAGGAACCCCGGCCGAGCAUGAAAAUCAGCUUCAUGACACCUAAAGUACUUGGUAAAAGACGUUUGGCCGGAGCUUUCGGUGUUGAAGGCCCGAGAGCUCGACGAAAUAGUGAACCGAGAUUGGUACAGCUUCUGGGAUCUUUCGCGGAAGGUGUUGUUAGGAGAAGACGGUAUUUGUUGAAUUGUGAACACUUGAGACAUUCACUUCGUUCUGUAAGAACUUUUACGUCAUUGUUAGAUUAUUUUCAUCAUGCCAAAGAAAGAAGAAAAUUUAAAAUGGGCGUGCAAGUAUUGCACAUAUUCUAAUUGGCCUUGUUCUAUAAAAUGUACUUUGUGCUACGCUCCAAGGCCGCCGCAGGUUAUCACGCAAGAAGCGAGUAGACCGACAGGCGUAACAGAAGAUAUUUACGAGGCAGCUAGCAGCGACAGGAUUAUCUCUACUGAUCCGAUUAUUUGCUCAUCAAGCGACAAGAAAGCGCUGUCUCCACGACACGCCGAACAGACUGAAGAAAAUUCAAAAUGGACGUGUUCAUGUUGUACAUACGAAAACUGGCCUCGAUCGCUUCACUGCGCCAUGUGCCGGACGUCGAAGCACAAAUCAGGCAAGAAUGGAAGACACAUAGACCUAGGAAAUGGCAACAAGGAUACCUCUUCUCGAAGCGUUUCUCCAAAAUCACCGGGUUCUGUUGGUAACUACGGAAGGCUUGAUUCCAAAACAAUAAACAAUGAUAAGAAUCGCGCGCUGUUAAAAAAUCAUAAGUGGACCUGUCCACAAUGUACUUAUGAAAAUUGGCCAAAAACUGCCAAAUGUGCACUUUGUAAGUGUUUGAAACCAGCCAAAACAAAACAAGAAGAGAUCGUGAAGAAUGCAGGACUAGAUAAUAAUGCAAAAAGACCAUCCACUUCAAAAAGGAGGUCCCCCCCUUCAUCAGUCAGUGAGGCCACUUUAGAAAUCCAACCAAGCAGUCAGACUGGGGAAAAGAUCAUUUAUGACAUCCCAGCCUCAGAUGAUGUUAAUGAUAAUGAGGAGGUACUGCAAAUUCGCAAUUGUCUACAGGAUUCGGAUUGGUUGUGGUUGAGUGCUUGUAUAGGUGUUGUAGAAGGUGAUGUUUCAUCAGUGGAGAGCUAUUUAAACUCUGUCAGUGACCUUUCCAGACAGUUGACGAGAGAAGACUGUUUGGUGUUGAACCGACCAGGAGUCUUUGAAGUGGGACAUACACUAGUUCACUUGGCAUUUAAAUUUAAAAGAGAUGAACUCAUGACUAUAUUGCUUACUCCAGAAGUGACAAGCCAUCAUUUAAGACGUGUUCCUUGCAUUGCUUGCCCAGAACUAGCAGCAGACAUAAGGAAACAAAUGGGUCACACCAUUAGACAGCGUAAAGGUGACUGGCGCUGUUACUUUUUCACUGACCAGGUCACAUUUGUUUUACCAGCAGAUGUCCAGGACUUUCCAACAAGAGUACAGAGGCAAGUGUUUGAUGACAUUCUUGACAGGGAUGUUCAAAGAGUUUUAGAAAUGGAGUCUCCUGUUAUCAACUGGAGUGAAGAGAUCACUGAACAGCUAGGCAGUAGGAUCUAUCCCCUGUGGAAUCGUUCUGCUGGAGAUUGUCUUCUUGACUCAGUUCUUCAGGCUUCAUAUGGGGUGUUUGAUAGGGAUAACACAUUAAGAAGAGCAUUGUAUGACAGUUUAACUGAAGGAGGCUCCAGGUUUUUCAACAGGUACAAGGAGUGGGAAUCAAUGCAGGCAGAAACACUGCAGUACUCAUUGGAUGAAGACCAGUGGGAACAGGACUGGGCUUCCAUUCUCAGUCUUGCAGGUCAACCUGGUACGUCCUUGGAACAGACACAUGUGUUUGCUUUGGCACACAUUCUCCGCAGACCUGUCAUCAUCUACGGUGUGAAAUAUGUCAAGAGCUUUAGAGGGGAGGUGCUUGGGCUAGCUAGGUUUCAAGGUGUUUAUCUUCCUGUUUUAUGGGAACAGAGUUUCUGCUGGAAAAAUCCAUUAGUGCUGGGCUACACCAGAGGACAUUUCUCUGCCUUAGUUGCUAUGGAAACAGACAAUUCCAACGAGCUUGGUGCGGGAGCUAAUGUGGAUAGUAUAGAUAGUGUUCAUGUGACGUAUCUGCCCCUGGUUGACUAUGAAGGCAAACUGCUACCUGUUCACUUUCUGUCAGCAGAAGAGAGGGGCAGCGAAGAGCGUUUGUUGCGUGAGUGGCUAGACUGUUGUGUGACAGAGGGUGGGGUCCUUGUGGCACAGCAGAAGGUUACACCAAGACCUGCACUACUCAAUCAACUGAUUGAUGACUGGUUAGACCGUUACAGGAAGCUCAGCAAAACAAAGUGAUGUCUAUGUUAGAUCAUCAGAUACAACAUGUGCAAACAAUAUCAUAUAUUAUGUACACGUAGUGUUGGAUUACCAAUGCUAAAUUUAUACCUGCACAAUGUUAGUAGUCAUUUUCAAUGGCCUAUAGCAAGGAAAAAGGAUCCAGUCUCCUCUUGCAGGGAUUCAAAGUACACUGUUAUUUUGCCUGUAACCAAAGGUCAGCGUGACCUCAAAUUUUGCUUUUGUUUGCUGGUUGAAAUUUUAAUCCAAAUUACUGUAACUACCAGGUCAUUUUGACUAGCCCUUUCCUGACUACAAGUCUUCCUCUGCUAUGGAGCUCCUUCCUUCACUCGCUUAUGUGAAUCGAUUUACAGCCGUCAUGUUUUUCUACAUGUAAACUACAUUCAGACCGAACUGUUUGACUUUCUGCAUUUAGUGUAAUUAGUUCAAGAGGAUUUUGCCUGAAAUUGUAUGUUGGUUCUGUAGUUACAUGGGAGACCCAUUAUGAUACAAUAUAGAUUGUUAUAGAACUUAAACAAAUCGGUUCAGAUAUGCACCUUUGAAACGUUUAAAUUAAAACACCGAACUCUGCUUUUGGUUCAUUAACUGGACUUUAUUUGUGAGUCAGAGGUUAAAUAAACUGGACACUAGCACUUAGUGAGUUUGUGGUAACACUUCUUUUUUCUCGGCCUGCUUCACCCUUUUUUGCACCCAUCUUCUUUAGACUCCAUUAGAAAUGAUCCUAAACAUGUUUGUUACAGAGUAGUUCUUUGAUUAGGCACAGAAUAUCUUACAUGAGUAGGGUUUAAUUAAUAAUCAAAUCAUUAUAAUAGUUAAUGUUAUAAAAUCGCAAUAUAAUUAUUAUUGUUAUUAUUGACAUUGCAAUUUCAUUAUUAAAAUAUGUUUGAAGUUUAGACCAUAUUUGUAUUUGGUAACCCUACUUUUGUUAUUUGUCCAGCUAAUAUGAUGUUAAGAGUGAUUGAAAAUAUCCUAUCACUAAUUUGUGUAAUUUUUGUUGUUGUUGUGUGAAUCACUCAGAUUUUAGAUAUCUACAUGAGAAAAGAAGACUUGUCAUCCACGAUUCAAAGUUAGCUGAGUAUAUUCUCUAACUUGAGAAGUGUCCAUUUUAUUAGUCAAAUCAAAACAUGAAUGAUAAAAAAAUACGAAAUGUUUAAACUGAAUUUUAAGUUGAAUCAAUUUUGUUAGUCCCUACCCUCUUAUACUUAUGAAGAUUGAGUUUCCACACUAAAAUAUUCUUGAAGUGUUGAAAACAAAUGGUUGUCAUUUGUAAAUAUGGUCUUUUCAUCAAAACUUGUGCUUAUUGCAUUUGAAAUGUGUAUCAUUUAAUUUUCUAGGACAUUAAGGAAAUGAUUGUAUAAAAAGUAUUUUCAGCUAGGUUGUAUUAUCAAUUGCACAUUGUAUAUAGUUAUUUUUUCACAGGGUUAACUUACUGCUUGUGCUGUGCUGUCUUUUAGUCUUCUCUAUUUUUACUCUUGUAUUACUGAGAGUGAUAAAUGUACAAUUUCUCCUUAUAAUAUCAACAUAAUAUUUUGUUAAGAGGUAGUGAGAAAGAAGACGCAAAUCAACAUACAGGGACCGCGGAGACCAAUACAAACAAACGUUAAGGUCACUGUUAUCUUGCAUUUGCGCGCCAUCUGGAGCCCUAGAAAAUAAAUCCCAGCCCCUCCGCCUCCGCGGUCCCUGACUAAGGGGAUAGUGCUGAUGCAACACCAGAAGUACCAUUGAAAGAAUGUAUAAUGGAGUUGCUCGGGAGAAUUUAACUUGUUACCUUUAAGGUUCACUGUAACUGCUGGAUAACUUGACUGUGUUGAUGUUUUGUAUUUUUCCUGGUUUGUUCUGUUUGGAUUUUUUGGUUAUAGUGCUUGUGAAUUUCCAAACACAGCAAACUGUUGUUAAUAAAACACUCAACUCUUUGUG